AUGGGCGAAAGGUUGUUCAAGAAAUGUAGAGCGUUCUUAUGUCAGAGGCGGUUUCAGGUCAUCCGAUUCUACUUCCUCCUGUACGGGAUAACAUUCUUCCUCGUUCUGCCGCUUCUUUGUUGUGAUCUUCGUCACUCCGUCUACAACUUCCGGUCUAGGAGCAGCAAUCAAGAGGAAAGACGUUUGCGACGCGAGAACGACGAACGAUUGGCUAAAAAUGAACCAAUCGUACAGAUGUACGCAGAUUUAUUAUCAAAAAGCAACAAAUCACCUCCUUUGUUACAUUCAGAACAUAUAGACGUUGGAAUUACUGUUGUGACGGUCUCGAGGAACCGAAAAUACGAGGGAGGUUAUCAACCACGGCAUCUGACUCAAGUUCUAGGUCGUUUGGUUGAUCUAAUAAAUAUAACCAACACGGAACUGAAAUACGGAAUAUUUUUGUGCAAUGUCGACGGUCAUCCGGAUAGCUAUCGUGAAGCAACGUCAUUGAAUCCAACUUUUACAACAUUUCAGAAAUUUAAAGGAAAGCAGGCAAAGUUUGUUGAUAUUUUUGAAAAGGAAAAAAUGGAUUAUAUUUAUUGCAUCGAGGAAACACUAAAACGAAAUGCGUCCAAUGUAUUUAUGAUUGAAGACGAUUCCUACCCACAUAAGGAUUUGUUUCUAGUCCUGGAGAAAGUCAUUUCAUAUCCCGAAGAAAACCAAAAGACUAAUAAUGUGACUUUUAUUAAGUUUUAUCAUCCGGAACGGUUGCUAGGAUAUUUGAGUUUACAACUGGAGAGGCUUCCUGAAAUGUUUGCUUUAGGUGCCGUGUUUGGAACAAUAUUAGUCGUUCCUGUUUGUUUGUACCUAUUUAAGGAAAGUGACUCAGAUGUACGAUUGUUGUGGAUAUUGAGUGCCUUAUAUUUUUCCCUGGGUGCUUUGGCAAUUGGUCGUGUGAAUUUGAUAGAACUGCGCAGGUUUUCAGCCCACAUGUACCAAGUGACCCCGGCAGCAUCAUGCUGCACCCAAGCUAUGUUCUUUCCUCAAGAUGGCGCAAGGAGUAUAGUGAAGCACCUUAAAGAGGUUACCUGUAAAAAAGGGUAUGGGAAAGAUAUGGCUUUAGAGGAGAUCAGAGGGAGAGGACACUACAAAGCUUUGAUGGUGCAACCAAACUUGUUCAUACACACAGGUCUAUUUUCUACACUUCGGCGGGGAAUGGUGAACCCUUUUCUUCUUGGGUAAAAAACAGGGUAUGAGAAAUAUUCGGCUUUAGAAGAGAUAAGAAGGGGAGGACACUGCAAAGCUUCGAUGGUGCAGCCGAACUUGUCUGACAUACAGACUCUUAAACAUUUAUAUCCCAAAAAGUCCAUGCAAGUCUAGAAUAUGUGGCAAGUCUAGAUUUCCACAGUUUCAGGUCUCAGGGCCCCUUUUCAUUAUAUACUUCCUUUCGAAAGUUUAUACUCACUUAAAAC